AUGGCAGCGGCAGGUAAUGGGUCUCCUACUGCUGUUCCCCAGGACUUCGGUGAUGGUUCUCCUCCUGGAGUUUUGCGUGGCAGGGAUGAAAGUAAAACCGAAGACCAUCCAACUAAGAGCAAAAUCGGUUUGGCCAGUCAACCAAAAGCAAACACUGGUGGGAAACCCUACAUAUGUGGGGAGUGUGGGUACAGGGCAACUUACAAGUUAGUCAUGGCUGAGGCAGGAUAUGGGUCUCCUACUGGUGUUCCCCUGAAGCACGGUGAUGGGUCUCCUGUUGGAGUUUCAUGUGACAGAGAUGCAGGUAAUUGCGGAUACGAGCAGACAAAAUCCACAUUGGACCGCCAUCUAACAAAACACAGCGGCGAGAAACACUACAUGUGUGGGGAGUGUGGAUACAGGGCAACUGAUAAGCGUUACCUAACCAUACAUAUGAAAAUCCAUGCUGGUGAAAAACCCUACAAGUGUGACCAGUGUGAUUAUUCUGCUACACGGAAGUGA